UUUUUUGACUGUAGGCGGGGCGUGGGAGUCGAAGGGGCGGCCGUGGGGUGGGUGUAACCGGAGGAAGUAUUUCCAACCCCCUCGCAUCGGAAAAACGAGUGGAAAUCCCUCCCCCUGGGCGAUUUUGAGUUUUUCCCAAAAAAGGCGAAAAUCGGCCAAGGUACGACACGGUACGAGAGAGCCGCACAACGCCCAGAAUGUGCGCGUACCUUGAGCCGGCACCGUAAGGUCGGCAGUGAUUCCGCGCUCCUGUCUUUUUAUCUUUUUUCUUUUUUGUCCCUUCCGUCUUUUUUCCCCCCGAUUUCGGUUCCAUGUGACAGUGAAAGAGAGAUAUGAGCUGGUUUGCUCGAGUACUUGCACACCAUCCAUAUGUGGUGCUUAUAGCAGUAGCAGUGUUUUCUAGCACUUGCGUCAUCAUUCCACUUACCACUCUAAAGCUUCCAAACUUCAAAGAUCCACAACUUGGAUUUGAAGCCAGAGGCACUGUGAUAGGGCAAAGGUUGACGGCAUGGGACAAUUUACAAGAAGCAAUAAGGCCGUCAGGGUUGCUUACAAUAAAACCUAACAUCCCAGAUUCAAUACCAAGAAAAAAUAAAGGAGCAGAAGUACCUCAAAUAAAAACCUCGAAUAUAAGUUUACUGAAUGACCUGGUUGAUAAACAUCCAAAUAUAUCAAUUGAAAUUGAACCAGAAAUUCAUCGUAAUUUGACUGAAGAUUCAGACGAAGAGAGGGAAGCAUGGUUCGACAUAAUGAACCCUACAUCACACCAUCAUCAUAACCAUUUAGGGCCUGAUUCAUUUUUCUGCACAGAGCCAAAUACAGAAAACGGGAGGAUGGUUUUCAGCUCAGUGAGCGGUACUGACCUUUUUCAACUUGGCCCGCUUUUAGACAUGUGCAAGUUCAGUGAAAUUUUAACUUCAGGCCCUGAAUAUAACCAAAUUUGUGAUCAGGUGUCGACACGGACAAGGAAAUGUUGUCCACUCUGGUCUCUACCUAAUUACGUGGCUGUUAUUAAUAAUAAGACGUCUUGUUUUAAUAUUACUGAAGAAGAUGUGUUCUACACAAAAGAUUUAAUAAAAAGGUGCCAAAAGUAUUUUAUAAGUUUGGAUUAUAUUGUACCCAACUAUAGUAAUAAGGAGAUGCCAAGUGAAUGCACAAAAUUCAAUCAUAUUUUCAGUUUAAUCCAUUAUAUUCUUGAUUAUGAAUAUUCUAGUAAAUCAGAAAUCUUGAAAGAUGUGAUGGUCUUUCUUCCAAUUGCAAGGAGCACCGUUAUUCUUGAUUACUACCACUCAAUAGAAUCCUUGGGAUAUUACAAAAACAUAAGAAUUUCUGCAAUUGAUUUUGGCUUAAAAAAUACUUUGUUUGAUGAAUGCUUAGUCAAAGACAUGAGACUGGUAGCCUGUGGAGCCACCUUUGUCCUUCUCUCAAUGUGGCUCUACACCGGCUCAUUCUUUAUUACAAUAAUGACGCUUAUAGCGAUAGCCUUUUCUCUUGGAAUUUCCUACUUUGUAUAUAUGCUCAUAUUUGAAUUCAAGUUUUUCCCUUUUAUGAAUCUCCUUGCUUCUGUUGUUGCUAUUGGAAUUGGAGGGGACACAAGUUUAAUGGUAUUUAAGUUGUGGUCUUGUGCCAGAGAAAGCCAGUCGAACAUUUCUAAGUUGGUUCAGAGUGUCCAUGGACACUCAACAGUAUGUAUGUUGGUCACAUCUCUGACAACAGCUAUAGCUUUUUAUUCAUCGUACAUUAGCAAUAUCACUGCAAUUUGCUGUUUUAGUGUUUUUGCAGGGACUGCAGUCGUUGCUAAUUUUUUUGUUAUGCUCGCCUGGAUACCUUCAAGCCUUGUGGUGGCUGAGAGGCUCACAGUCCCGCCGGUUUGCCCACCGAGUAUGAGAAAGAUUUUUGAUGGCUGGAGUAAAAUCCUGCAUGGUCUUCUAGUCGAGUUGGUGCUCAAGCUGCGCUGGCUCUGGAUCAUGUUACUCGGCAGUGUUGCUGUCUUGUCGAUCCCAGUCGUCUUUUAUUACCCGAAACUGCGUCUUCCCGACUCGCCAGACCUACAGCUCUUUUCCUCUGACCACUUGUUCGAGCAAUACGACAUGGUCUACAAGGAACGUUUCUGGUUUGACAGAAUCCAAAAAUUUGACAAUCUAAGGAACAGCAGGGUGCAAAUGCCAGUCAGGUUUAUUUGGGGUGUUCUUCCAGUUGACAACGGUAAUUAUAUGGAUCCGGCAUCAAAAGGAAAAUUAGUUUUUGAUUCAUCCUUUGAUCUAUCCUCGCCUGAUUCACAAACUUGGCUUCUAUCAUUUUGUACAAAACUAAGAGCACAACCAUUCUAUCAGCAGACAAUGGGUCCAUUGUUGCCUAACUGUUUUUUGGAAGUAUUUGUUAAAUGGAUGGACAGGAAGUGUAUAGAUGCUGCUGAUGGCCUUACAAGAGAACCUUGCUGUGAAAGUGCAAGGUUUCCUUAUUCAAAAAAAGUGUUUUCACUCUGCUUAGCGAAAGCAUGGAUUUCUUUGUAUAACACUCCCGUGGAAUUGAGCAUGCUGGGUGUCGCUGGACCAAAAUUUGCCAUGAAGACCAAAACAGGGAUCCCAAAAGUCAAGGCAUUAGUCGUUGAGUAUGACGCAAACUUCACAUUGUCAACAUCUUUCAUUGACAUGAACCAUUUUUAUCAACAGGUUGAGACCUGGAGUCGAAACGAGCUGGCAUCAGCACCCGCUGGGAUGCGCAAUGGUUGGUUUAUCAGCUACCUGGGCCUUUAUGAUCUUCAGCAAUCGCUUGCGAAGGAUACAAUUUUGGCAGUGCUUAUUUCAAUGGGGGCUUCAUUUUUUGUGGUCACUCUGUCAACAUUGAACUUCAUCCUUAGCAUUGUCGCUGUACUAACUAUAACAUCCAUCAUCCUCGUAACCAUAGCUAUUCUUGUUUUGAUCGGCUGGAAGCUCAACAUUCUAGAAGCAGUAGCAGUCUCCCUUGCAAUUGGCCUUGCUGUCGAUUUCACCAUGCAUUAUAUCGUUAAUUACAGGAUGGCUCCUGAAAGUGAUAACAAAGAAAAUUCAGUCAUUUAUUCCUUGUCAAUGAUGGGAGGUCCUACUUUAAUGGCAGCGCUGACAACAAUAAUUGCUGGUGCUUUCAUGCUCCCGUCUUCAGUGCUUGCGUAUACACAAAUUGGAAUUUUCUUGGUCGUUGUGAUGUGCGUGAGCUGGAUAUACGCAACGCUGUUUUUAUUGUCAAUCCUUACUCUUGCUGGACCAGAGGCACCACGUCGUGUAAACCAAAGGGAACAGCAUGAGCUCGGAGCUCUGAGCCGAGUAUGGAGAAGGGCUGAGCACUCGCCCUCAGCCGCUAGUGCUACAACUAUCAUUCACGAUGAAGAAUGCGAGAUCUCUGUCAUCCAACCGAACCCUCCAUAAGGAGCUGACAAAACUGAAUUGGUUAGAUUUCAAUUUUUUGAUGGUGAAACAUCUAAAAAGAUAUUGAUGACAACUGUAAUAAUUUUCCCAAUUGCAGAAUUGGGGACAACAAUGUUUGCAAUUUUUCUCUUUAGGUUCUCUGGAAGCGGCCAGACAAAAUAUUUUUUAUUUGUUUAUAUACUAUUUUUAAAAAUGGUAAAAAAUGAGUAGUUCUCAAAGUCCAGCAAGUCAACUUUGGAAGAAAACAGCUAUUUGAAAGUUUAGAAUAUAGAUAUUGAUAAGAAUGGUUUUUAAUAGGUUAUUGUUUAAAAGUCAAGAAAUAAGAUGUUACCAGCCCCAUUUAGUAUUCGCAUUACAUUGUUUUAUUGGAAAAUGGGGAAAUUUAAUUAGGUGUGUUAUUCGUAAACAGUAUUUGGUAUGCGCUUAUAAUUCUGCUCAAUAUGAUUUUGUAUUUAUACUUUGUUGUUGCUCAAAAAUGUUAAACAAGUUAAAUGUAUUAAAACUAUAAAUAUGAUAUUGCUCAUCUUUUUCAUAUUUCUGUGCCCUAUUGCAAAAGUUUUUUUUUUAAUUUUAUGUUUUUGUGCCAAAGUUGAUAUCAACAUGCUUACCAAAUACAGAGUUUACACGUAUUCCACUUUGUAUUAUACAGUUAUUGAUAAGAAAAUGGCUGAGGUUGUUUGAUAGCUGUGAGAAAUUUUUCGUAAAUGCAUUGGAUCUUUAAUUGUUAGAAUCAAACUUCUAAAAGGUCAAUUGUGUUAAUAAUUGCAUUUUCUAUGUGAUUUUGAAUGACGGUGUAUACUUAAACCGUUGGUAGUUAAGUAAAAGGUAUUCCUAAAUAGCUAUUAAAACUGGCUAGAUUUUCACAUCAUGUUGUUCUGGUAUGAGUGUACAUCUUUCUCUAAAUCUUUCUGAUAACAAUCAUGACUUUUUUUAUGUUCUUUCAUUUUCUAUGAAUUCAUACAAAUUUUAAACUAUUAGUUUUUUUCCAACUUUUUUCUAGGCAGGUUAGUGAGUUGUUCUAAGUAAACUAAGUAUUUACUGUUACAUUUAAUUCCAUAUUGGCUGUGAAUUAGUUAACUGAACAGUUUUAGUUUCACUCUACUUUUUUUCUUUUUAAUUGGGUUUAUUACCAUCUGAUUUUUCUUCAUUUAUGUCAAUUGAUUUUAUACCCUGUGUAAUUUUGACUUGGAGUAAUGAGUAUAAAAUAGCUUUUUAUUAUUUCCAUUGUUUGUUACUAGUUUUAAAAAGAAAGUCCUUGAGUAAAUAGUUGACAGUUUUUUAAAACUGCCACUUGUCCACUGCAACUUUGAAUACUGUUCUAAAUUAUUUUAUUGAAUAGCAAAUGAUUUGAUAUUUGAUCAUUUGUUCAUACUGUACAAUAUUUUGACUCCUUAGCUAAAAAAACCGAUGGUAGUUGGAUAAAAAGCCCCAUAUGAGAGAAAAUUUUAAAUUACGAUUAUGUUUAUCUAAGUGAUAUAAAUUUAUGACACAAAGUUGCAUCCUCUGCAACGCUAGGUAAAUGAAGUAGCAAAAUCUGUGGAACAUUUGUUCAAUUUGGAUGUGUAGUUGAAUAAAAUUAAUUUCAACUUUCUACAAUAUUUUAUUUUCCGUAAUCUUACAAAGUGGGUAAAUAAUUGAUUGAAAUAACAAAACUCAAACAUUGAAAUGCAAAUUACAGGAUUUUGACAGAAUAAAAAACUAUUGAAAUCGAAACGAUCUUAACAAGUGACACUUUUGACCUUUCUGAGGGGGCCCUGGCGAUUCAAACGGAAUUGUGUAGCAGGUGAAGUGGAGAUUGUCUAAAAAUUAUAAGUGGGAGGAUGUAGACCAUGCAUCCACCACACCCAGAUGGACAGUUAGUAUAAUGCACAUGUUGUGUCUUAUAGACAGUUAAAUUCACUAAUUUCGUGGUCCGCUUGACCAAUAAUAUUACAAUUAAUUAAGGUUUUUAGUUGAGAUAAAAAAGUCAAUGGCACGAGCAGGAUUCGAACUUCACUUAUAGAGAGUGUUAAGCCAAUCUCAAAUACUUUCUCUACCGCAAAAUAACAAAUCGUGUGUAUUUUCCCCUUUAACAAGAACACAAAAACUAGUUUAUCAUUUUGAAUUAUAUUAGUUGAGACAGAGAUUACAUUUCAUUUUUUAAUUUUCAGACCAUUUUCUAAUCAUGAGAUAAUCUGAAAGAAAAUUCACGGAUGGUUUAAAAUAUUGAUUUUUUUUUCUUUACCAAAUUUAAACAUCCAGUUUUGCACCUGGCUAAAACAUUGGGUGGGUUUAACUACUUUCUUCGUAAAAUUUACCACUGCAAAUUAUUGUUAGUCUUCCUAAUUAUUAUUUUUUAUUGUGAUUCUUAGGAAAUAACCAUCUGUUUUGUUCAUGAAAAGAUUUUUGUUCAUACAAAAGUUUAUGUAAGUAUACAAUUCUAAGUAAAUAUAAUUUAUUGCCUUCUUUAAAACCAUUGUUUUGAUCAGACUUGUCAUUAAUACUACCAGUUUCUUAAGGACAGACAAAUUAACAAACUCAUUAAACAAAAAUAUAAAUAUUAUAAAAUCAAUUGUGAUAUGUGUAAAUGUUAACACACACACACAGUUGUGAGAGGGAUUGACCUUUACGAUUCCUCUUUGAUAUGAAGAAAGGCUGCUUAGUGUUACAACUUGUACUGUUACAUUAAAUUGCGAUUCUACAAGUUUUAAAACUUGAUUUUGUUCCUAAUAAUGUUGAAAGGGAAAUACAUCUGUGAAAGUCUAGAAAUCUGAAUAGUUUAUUCCUAAAAAUAAUUUUUCUGGUUAACACAAUUUUAAUUUCUUCUACUUUAUGAGCUUAUGCCAUAUAAACAAAAAAAUACACUGAAAUAUUCAAUUAAGAAAAUAAUUAUGUUACCAUUGACAAUAAUUACAAUGAUUAAUAAUUUAAUAUAAGCGUUUCCAGUAUGAUUUACUCGUUUAUACAUGGUUCAACUUGAGCACUCAACAUGAACAUUCCAAUAGUUAAUAGUAAAUAAUGUGUAUUAUUAAGCCUUAAGGAAAAAAAUAGCAUUUAUAAACGUUAGUUAUAAGGAUAUACAAAAUAGAUUGAAACUGAGACUUUUGACAGUACUUUUAUGGAAUUUGGCCUAACAAAUUUUAGUAAGAUUUGGAACGACAAAAUAAAAUUAUGCUAGCACUUUCAAGUAUUGUGACUGUUUGAAAUGUAAUAGCUAAAAAGAGACUUUUUGUUCUGUAGAAUUCACUAGUUUGUAUGUAGUUGUUUAUAGAGAAAUUUAUUUUCUUAUAAGUACAAGAAUGUUAAUAUUAUAAAAGGCAACCUAUUAUGUAUAUUAUCAUACUGUAUUUGAAAAAAAGAAAUCAAUAAUUUGAGACAGGGUAGAUAACCAAUGUUUACAACAUUUAACAAGAAUUGCGCCCUGUUACAGUUAUAUGACCCUUUCAAAUUGUCCAAUAGCAACUAAAUGCACAAUUGUCUGUGAUGUAAAUUUAAUUUUUUUAGAAGUGAACUCUAGUACGUUUAAUUAUAAAAUAAGAAAAUUGUAGUCUGUGUUUGAAUUUGAAUAUGGAUUAGUAAUACACCAUUUGCAAAAUGGAGCGUCAGCACUGGGAAUUUAUGUUUUGAUUUGUAGUAGAAAACAGGGCAUCGAUCCAUUUUGUAAAUUGGGUAUUUUAUAUAUAUUUAAGAAAUUAUAGUGUAGAAUAAAUAAAUAUAUGUAUGUAA